AUGACAGAGGACAACUAUCGGCCUCGCUCUCCUGAUCUUUCUCUUUCUCACGCGCUUCCUAGUCCAAUUCCUCAAACCUUUUCCGACUAUCCACCGUAUCAACACCCGACUCCACGUCGCGUGUCUCAACAGUACGUCCCACCAUAUCAACCAGACUUGGACAUGGCCCGUCGCUCCAGUCGUCUUGCUCAGUCCGACAACGCGCCUGUCCCCGAACCCAUGCCGGAAACAAUCCAACCCAUGCCAGAGCCCUUUAUCAUGGAGUCAUUCCCCGCUGUCGCGCCUGAGGUGGCCCCAGAGGUGCCACCUCCGGCGCCUGCAUGUGCAGCCAUUGAAGUGAAGACGAAAUUCCCCGUAGCGCGCAUCAAGCGCAUUAUGCAAGCUGACGAGGAUGUCGGUAAGGUUGCUCAAGUCACACCGAUUGCUGUCUCCAAGGCUCUCGAAUUAUUCAUGAUAUCUCUGGUUACCAAGGCCGCACAAGAAGCCAAGGACCGCAACUCGAAGCGCGUGACGGCCUCGCAUCUGAAACAGGCCGUUGCCAAAGAUGAGGUGCUUGACUUCUUGGCGGAUAUAAUUGCCAAGGUUCCCGAUCAACCCGCUGGUCGCAAACACGAAGAUGAUGGGAGCGACCAGAAUGAGGGUCGUCGCAAGCGAGGCGGGCGGCGACCCAAGGAUGAGAGCGAUUGA